ACUGAUUAUUUUAAUUUUAUUUUCAACAACAUAAAUUUUUUAAUUUUAUUUUCAACAAUACAUUACUAUACAUAAAAAAUUAACUAGAUUAGAAUUUCUCCUUAUAAUGUCACCAUUAUAUUAUGUUAUUGUCUUAUAUAUAUUUUGCGUGUGCAUUGUAGUAACCAACCAAAUUUUUAAGAUAAAACUUAGCUAAAAUCAAAAGAGAAAAUUAGAAAACAAUAACAUAAUUAAUGGCGAAUCCACCAAAGGGAAAUAGCACUGCAGGGUCUUGGAGAUGGUUCAAGAGCUUCCAAUACGACAAAGAGCAUGACAAACCAGCGGAUGCCCGGAAUGUUCUUCUAGUGGUGGCGGCUCUCAUCACCGCCGUCACCUUCCAAGCCGGCGUCAACCCUCCUGGCGGCGUUUGGCAAGACAGCGAAAGCGGUCACACAGCCGGAAGAUCCAUCUACGCCACACACAAAAUUCCUUUCUAUGUCUUCCUCAUAUCAAACACUUUGGCUCUCUCCUCAUCCAUUUUGGUCAUUAUUUGCCUCACUUAUAGGUUUCCUUUUCAUUUUGAGGUGUGGCUAGCCACAAUCUCGAUGCUGGUCACAUAUGGCUCGGCGGUAUUUGCAGUGACGCCUAAUGAGUCAGUGAAGUUUCGUUAUAUUCUGUUCGCGGCUGCUGUGCCUGUUCUCAUAAGGUUUUUGUGGGAGGCCAUCAACAGAUGGGGACGUAAAUUUCUCGGCUUGUUUCGUUGAUUAUUGUGACCACUUUCAGGUUAUCUUAUUUUCAGAGAGAAUAAUGAAUGAAGUGGAAACAUUUAUUUUUCUUUUGGGUCAACAUUUUUUUGUACUCUACCAUUUGCAUUUGAGAAGUAGUAUGGUUUGGACAUCUGUGACUAAUAUAAUUAAAUUAUUAAUUAGAGUAUAUUUUAAGCAAAAA